CCUGAGCAGACCAGCCAGUCCCCUCCUAGAGAAACUAUGUGCUAGUGAUUCCUGAAGAAUCUGAAGAGCUAGCUGAAGGGUGGCCUGAUCUGAAUGCCCAAUCAGAAACUGGUGACAAAAGGUUGGGGCAGCUGCCUACAGAAAUUCCCGAGUUGAUCGCUCUCUCCUUCACUGUCCUAGAGCCUCUUCAGAAGCGAUGACACCACGAAGCUCCAUCUUAGUUCCUGUCUGCAUAGCACUCUUCUUCCUCCAGUGUUCACAAGCAGUAACAGUGUCUCCACCAGAUGCCCCCGUGGGCUCAGGGCUGUGGCUGUGCCAGCCUGCUCCCCGGUGUGGGGAUCAGAUCUACAACCCCCUGGAGCAGUGCUGUGACUAUGACACCGUCCUGCCUCUGAACCGGACUCGUCUCUGUGGCCCCAACUGCACCUUCUGGCCCUGCAUGGAGCUCUGCUGUCCUGACUCCUUCGGCUCCCAGAAGUUUGUCGUGAAGUUGAAGGAAGAGAGAAACCUGACCUUGCAUGAACUUUAUCUUGCACGUGGAUACCAGUUACCAGCAGAAGGAAGCUGCUUUCCUCAUCCCUCCAGGCAACAGCUCCUCCAGUGAGAAACCACCACACUUGGAAUUCCAGAUGCCUGUAGUUUGACCACUGCUUGUUUGUCCGGGAUUGCAGUUCUCUUUUAUUCUCCCAAUAAAUCCAUCUUCUGCUGAUAAAAUAA